GAUCCUCAGAGAAUCAUGAUGGAUAAUAUCAUAAUAUCCACCUGUGAAAACAAAAUACUGUUAGGACUCCCAUAGAUAUUUCUCCAUUUUUGACUCUUCUUUUAUGGCACAGCCUGAUGCAGAUUAAAGCAGCUCAAACAAAGAGUUUUACUGUCUCACAUCCUCUCCAACUCUUUUGCAAAUCCAAACCCUUUGAUCCCAUAACAUAUUUUUCAUUGAUCAUCUUAAAUUUCUAAAACAAAAGAAGAAGAAGAAGAAGAAGACGAAGAAGAAGUAUAAACUUUAAUCUCAAUCAGAGUGCGUAAUGGGGUUAGAAACAGGGUCUUCCUCAAAGGCAUUGACAGCUCCACCGCCACCCAGAGAAGACACGCCGCUUCUGGGUGAGCCACAAGCCUUGUCGUCACAAUCCAAGACCUUUGCCAAUGUUUUCAUUGCUAUUGUGGGCGCUGGAGUUUUAGGUCUCCCCUACGCCUUCAAGCGCACCGGCUGGGUCAUGAGCCUCCUCAUGCUUCUCGCCGUGGCCGCUCUUACUCACCACUGCAUGAUGCUACUGGUCUACACUCGCCGCAAGCUCGAAUCCGUUAAUGGGUUCUCGAAGAUUAAUUCUUUUGGCGAUUUGGGUUUCACGGUUUGUGGCCCAAUUGGGAAAUUCCUUGUAGAUAUUCUGAUUAUUUUGUCCCAAGCUGGUUUUUGCGUUGGUUAUCUGAUUUUCAUCGGCAAUACUUUGGCCGAUCUUAUCAAUUUCAGCCCCAGAAUUCUGGGAUUGGUGCCCAAGAGUUUUUACAUAUGGGGGUGUUUGCCGUUCCAGUUGGGGUUGAAUUCGAUAGCAUCGUUAACCCAUUUGGCCCCUUUGAGUAUUUUUGCUGAUGUGGUUGAUCUUGGAGCAAUUGGGGUGGUGAUGGUUGAGGACGUGUUGGUUUUUUUGAAACAAUGGCCUGCUGUGAAGGCCUUUGGAGGUAUUUCUGUGUUCUUUUAUGGGAUGGGUGUGGCCAUUUAUUCCUUUGAAGGAGUUGGGAUGGUUUUGCCAUUAGAGUCUGAGAUGAAAGAUAAGGACAAGUUUGGUAAAGUUUUGGCCUUCACCGUGGCUUUCAUUUUCUUUAUGUAUGGGGGAUUUGGAGCGUUGGGUUACUUUGCUUUUGGUGAAGAAACAAAGGAUAUGAUCACAGCUAACUUGGGCGCAGGCUUGGUAAGCACUCUGGUUAAACUUGGUCUCUGCGUGAAUUUGUUCUUUACCUUGCCUAUUAUGAUGAACCCGGUCUAUGAGAUAGUGGAGAGGCGGUUUUGGGGUGGCUCGUAUUGCCUGUGGCUGAGAUGGUUGCUGGUUUUCUUGGUGAGUUUGGUGGCUUUGUCGGUCCCAAAUUUUGCUGACUUCUUAUCUUUGGUGGGGAGCGGCGUAUGCUGUGCUUUGGGCUUUGUUUUGCCUCCCUUGUUUCAUUUUCUGGUGUUUAAGGAUGAGAUGGGGUGGAAAGGAUGGUCUUUGGAUGUGGGGAUUGGGGUGUUAGGAAUUGUUCUUGGGGUUUCAGGAACUUGGUAUGCUCUGCUAGAAAUUUUCUCCGCAAACGCAUAAUAUAAUAAUGUCAAUUGAGUAUUUUUUUUUUUAAGUGAUGUCAAAUGAGUAUCAACUGUGAAUGUUAUACAGUUGAUUGUGAUCUGUCUUACCAAGGAUGGUAAGAAAUGGCAUUGUCAGUCAUAAAUUAUGAAGAUAUGAUAUUUGCAAUCUUAACGAAAUUGCGAACUGUUAUAUCAAUGGUAUGAUAUUUACUAUUCC